AUGUCUUUGGGGCUGACACCGCGUCAGUGGCGGGCUCUCGCAACGGUGUACCACCUCUACGUCGCAAACAACAGAGCGGACGGCCGUACGACAGCGGGGCGUUUGGCGUUUGACGGCGUUUCGGCGGGUGAUGUGAGUGGGGCGGGCAAUAAAACGGAUGACGGUGUUGGGCGCAGGGGAGGAGAUGCCGCUGACAGGGAGGAGGAGAAGGCCGUGCAGUGGGUGGAGGGGGUCCUGCCACUCCUGCAGCGUGCCUUCCCGGAGGAGAUGCUCGCAGGGGUGAAGCGGCGACAAGAGCCGGAUGGCAGCGGCGCACGCAAGCGGCGGCGGGUGGAGCGAUGGCAGCAACUCAUUCCAGACGCGCUGGAUGCCUUUCUCUCCGAUGUGUUGUCGCCGCCCUUGUCGUCACGGAGUUUGACGCGCCCAUCUUUGACGGCAAAUGAGCGGACGCUCCUGCGGCUUCUUAAUAAGGAGCAGCAGUUGGCGGAUCGGUGCUACCAGCAGCAUGUAGCGCUGCGGGACCGCGUGCUUCGUGAGGCUCAAACUCUCAUACGUCUGGCCGCGGAAGGUACUAAUGACGACGGAAAUCGAUUGUUGGGGAAAGAAACGGAAAAGAGUUGGGGCGACGACGGUGCUGAAAGACUCUUCACGGGCCACAAGGAGGGUUUGAUGGAUCGAGAGAGAAAAGGUGAGAGAUUAUGUGCGGUCACCACAGGGAGAUCGCCGGUAAAAAGUGUGAGGACGACGGAUUUACUGGAAAGCGAGGAUGCCACUGGGGGGAUUUUGUUGUCUCCAACCCCCGAAGCGCUUGGAACGGAAGUGAAAUCUGUUUCUGCAGUCAAAAACAUAACACCAAUGAAGACUGUCACGAUGAACGCGACAGCAACAAAAUCAUUGCCUGUGGCUGCAGUUAUUGAAUUGACGUGCGCAGGUUGUGGUGAACAGGGCGGGGAGCUUUUUCAGUGUCGGCACUGUAACUUGCUUCGUCACGAGGCGUGCGACGGGCCCAAGGCGGAAUCUGACACGGGUUUCUGCGCCAUUUGUUCUCAUGAGUUGGGAUUGUCCUUCAGCAGUGGCGGUCUGCGUUCCUCAACAUCCACCGAGGAGCGUGAAGGGCUCGACGAGGAUGACUCAUCGAGUCUUUCCGGCUUUGUUGUGCACUCAUCGGAUCUCUCGGAAGAUUCUUUGACGACAUCUUUGUCUUCGUCAUCAUCGUCCUCGUCAUCUUCACCUUCGGAAGUGGAAAGGGAGGAGAGAAGGGUCUUGCUUGCGAGGGCACAAGAGCGGAAAAAGCAACCAAAACAACAACAGCAGCAGCAGAGAAGGCAGAAGCAGCAGCGUUGUCGCUGA